AUGGCGACAUCCAGUCCUCUUCCACACUACUAUGGCCAGCAACUCCAAGAUGGAACCAUACUGGAGUCUCCUACUGCACCCCGUCACGUCAGUUCCCGCGAGUCUCGGAAGCAGCUUCUCCAACUACCAAUGCAACCACACCAGGCUCAUAUUGAACCCUCACCAAUGUCGCCCCUGGAGACUACUGAGCCAUUUGGGCUGUCCACAGUAGCCUCGCCGCCACACCAGAGCACUGCCCUGAAGAGAAUCCGCGGCUACUCAGACCCACACGCGUACGGCCCUCCCGGCCAAGCGUACGACGAACGUGCCGCGGAUGAAGCUGACUACUACCGCCGCACAUACCAGAAGCGCAGCACGCGCCAGGAAAGCCGUCCCGGUGGCCCCAUGCACAGGCAUCCGUACGUAGAGGAUGACUCCGAUGAUGAAGACGACCCGCGCGCAUACCGCCGCCGUCCAAACCGCCAACACCGCCGUCCACCUGCCGCUUCUGGCCGUUACGGUCCGGGUCCUGGUGCCUACCCCUCCUCUCGCUUCUCCGAAGAUGAGAGCCCCCCUACCGGUAAGGGCUAUACUAUGUACUACGACUCCGACCGUGACACGCCGCGUAAGCGGCUCUACGCUGCUGCCACCGGUGGCGCCGGUGGCCGCAAGCCCCCCAGUACUACCGAAGUUAUGCGCCUUCCGUGGACCAUGUGGAUGAACUCGAAUGCGAAGAACCACUUCGUGGCCUUCGUCGGCGAGUUCGUCGGCACCACCAUGUUCCUCUUCUUCGCCUUCGCCGGCACGCAAGUCGCCAACAUCGGGUCCGCCGCGUCGGACGAGUCCAACACCACUACGGGUGAGGCCACGGGCUUCUCGCCCAUGGUGCUGCUGUAUAUUGCCGUCGUGUUCGGGUUCAGUCUAAUGGUCAACGUGUGGAUUUUCUUCCGCAUCAGCGGCGGUUUGUUCAAUCCCGCGGUCACGUUUGCGAUGCUGUUGUGCCGUGCCAUCUCGCCGAUCCGCGCGUCGCUGCUGCUGGUGGCGCAGGUCGCAGGCAGCAUCUUCGCGAGCUUCGUCGUCAGCGUCAUGUUCCCGACGACGUUCAAUGUGCGCACCACACUGAGUUCUGGCACGAGUCUGGUGAGGGGCGUGUUCAUCGAGGCCAUUCUCACUGCCGAGCUGGUGUUCACCAUCUUCAUGCUGGCCAAGGAGAAGCACAAGGCGACUUUCAUCGCCCCCGUCGGCAUCGGCCUCGCGCUCUUCGUCGCCGAGCUGGUCGGCGUGUACUACACGGGCGGCUCGCUGAACCCGGCGCGCAGCUUCGGGCCGUGUGUGAUCACGGGCGUGUUCGAUGUCGAGCACUGGAUCUACUGGGUGGGGCCGGGGCUGGGCGCCAUCAUCGCGGUGGUGUUCUACAAGUUCAUCAAGAUGCUCGAGUACGAGGUUGCGAACCCGGGGCAGGACGACGAUGACAAGGACGAGCAGGUCAAGGAGAAGAUUGGGCUGGAGGGGAACGGGAUGGAGCGGGUUUAG